GAGGAGCGGUUGUGUACCAAAGUUAUCUGGCAAUCUCGGAAGAAAGCAAGGGAACCAAGGGCAGGGCUGUUGCGGUGACGGUCGGGGGGGCAAGAGGGCACAGGCCAUGGAGAGGAAUGACAUCAUUGACUUCAAGGCUUUGGAGAAAGAGCUGCAGGCUGCACUUGCCGCCGAUGAGAAGUACCAGCGGGAGAACGCUGCCAAGUUACGGGCAGUGGAGCAGAGGGUGGCUUCCUAUGAGGAGUUCAGGGGUAUUGUCCUGGCCUCCCAUCUGAAGCCACUAGAGCGGAAAGACAAGAUAGGAGGAGAGAGGACCAUGCCCUGGAACUGUCACGCUACUCAGGGAACAUCCUUCCAGGACAAAACCACAGCUAUCACCCGGGAGAAAACACCGCUGCAGCUGGAGACCUCAGCAGAGUUCUACCGGGACUGGCGGCGAUACUUGCGGAGUGGGCCGGAGCGCUAUCAGGCCCUGCUGCAGCUUGGAGGUCCCAAGCUAGGCCAGCUCUUCCAGACGGAUGUGGGGUUUGGACUUCUAGGGGAGCUGCUGGUGGCACUGGCUGAUCACGUGAGGCCAGCUGACCGGCUGGUGGUGCUGGGGAUCCUGCGCAGCCUAGCCAGCACCGGGCGCUUCGCCCUGAACCUGAGCCUGAUGAGCCACGCAGAGAGAUCAAGCUGCAAAGGCUUGUUUCAGAAGCUGCAGGCCAUGGGCACCCCCAUACCUGUGAAGGAGGGUCUCGGCCAGGGGGAGCAGGGUCUGGAGGGGCAGCCUGAUGGGCUCCAGGAGGAGGAGAGGCUCUUACAAGAGCUGCUAGAGUUGUACCAAGUGGAUUUUUAGGACCAGUUAUCUUUAG